AUAGAGUCACUGCGCGCAUUUCCCGCCAUUACUCAGCAGGAAUUUUCCGAAGCGUGCCGGGCAUGGGAGCAGCGGAGCUCAGACAGGAUCAGCGAGACGGACUGGUUGAGCGUGAGGUGGACCGGUGAGGAGUUGUUAAUCACACAGAGACGGAAGAUCACCUGCAAGGAUGGCAAAAGAAGAACCCCCAGUGAUCAUGGGGACGCGCAGAAAGAUGAGCUGAUCGACAUGGGCAUAGAAGACUCCAUCAUUAAAGAUACCCUUGCGCCGGAUGUGGACAACUUGGAGUCUCUGAUUGUUGAUUUCUCCAUUACCUUGUCCCCAAUCUAUUCUGUACCGGUUCUUUGGUUUAUUUGCCGAUAUGACCGAGUCAACAAAGCGUUAAGUCUGGACCAAAUUUAUGAAUGGUUGGUGCCGGAACCAUCACUCACUUCAUUGCGUGGAAUUGGCGUUAUGGGAGGUAUUAGUAUGGCGCACCAUCCUGUCUCAGACCGUCCGACCUUCUUCCUGCAUCCAUGUAAAACACAAGAGGCCCUUUCAGUCCUCAAACCGGGGCCCCUCACUCCGGAAGAAUAUCUCAUGCUUUGGCUGGGAUUGAUUGGGUCUGCUGUGGGCCUGCACGUCCCGAGUAAGCUUAUGAGCACUUGG